AUGGCCGACAUCGAAAGCACCGCCGACGGUGGCGCCCAGAUCCGCGCGGCAGCAACUAAAGACAUCGUGGAGAAGCAGGAGGCUCUCGUCCACGUCCCGAGCGCCGAGAAGCCAGACGCCAGCGACUUCCCCACCGCCGAGGAGCUCAACUCGCUGCGCCGCGUCGCGGACAAGAUCCCCUGGAGCGUCCUGACCAUCGCCUUCGUGGAACUGUGUGAGCGCUUCUCGUACUACGGCACAACGGCCGUGUUCACCAACUUCAUCCAGUGGCCCCUGCCGGAGGGCUCUGCCACCGGAGCAAACUAUGGCACCGGCCAGGCUGGAGCAAUGGGCUUUGGGCAGCGAGCGUCGACGGGCCUGACUACGUUCAAUGCCUUUUGGCAGUACACAAUGCCUCUCUUCGGCGCGUAUGUCGCAGACUCUUACCUCGGACGCUACCGCACAAUCUUCUGGGCACUGCUCGUUGGAAUCAUCGGCCACGUGAUCCUGAUUGUCUCUGCUCUGCCCCCAGUCAUCAAGAAUCCUCCGGGUGCGAUGGCUGCUUUCAUCCUGGGCAUCAUCACUAUGGGCGUGGGGACGGGGGGUUUCAAGCCCAACGUCAACCCUCUCAUCGUUGAGCAGCUGCCAGCCCAUUCCAUGAGAGUUGUCACGCUCAAGUCGGGUGAGCGCGUCAUCAUCGACCCGGCCGUCACAGCCUCACGGGUUUAUCACUACUUUUACAUGUUCAUCAACAUUGGUGCCUUGAUAGGCCAGAUCGGUAUGGUAUACUGUGAAUACUAUGUCGGCUUCUACAUGUCCUUCUUGUUGCCAACGAUCAUGCUGUGCUUUUGCCCAUUAGUCAUGCUCUGGGGUCGGAGGCGGUAUCGACGAGUUCCCCCGGAGGGAUCUGUGCUCGGGAAAGCCUUCAAGGUGUUUGUGUACGCGAACAAGGGCCGCUGGUCGCUGAACCCGAGGAAGACCUACCGCAACCUACACGACGGCACGUUCUGGUCUAAGGUCAAGCCCUCCAACAUCGCGCCUGCCGACCGACCGAAGUGGAUGACAUUUGACGAUGCCUGGGUUGACGAGGUACGGCGUGGCUUCAACGCGUGCGCCGUGUUCCUUUGGUACCCCCUAUUCUGGAUCUGUUACAACCAGAUCAACAACAACCUCAUCUCGCAAGCCGCGACAAUGAGGCUCGGCGGCGUCCCCAACGACGUCCUGACGAACCUCAACCCCUUCUCGCUCAUCAUCAUGAUCCCGCUCCUCGACCUCUUCGGGUACCCCCUCCUGCGGAGGCUCAAGAUCAAGGUGUCGCCCAUCAAGAAGAUCACCGUGGGCUACUUUGCAGGCGCGUGCGCCAUGAUCUGGGCCGCCGUCAUCCAGGCGUACAUCUACCGCCGGAGCGACUGCGGCAACUACGCCGGGCAGAACCUCCCCGGGACCGAGGACCGCUGCCCCAACGUCGACAUCACCGUCUGGGCGCAGUCCGGGUCGUACAUCCUGAUCGCGUUCUCCGAGAUCAUGGCCUCCAUCACGAGCCUGGAGUACGCCCACUCCAAGGCCCCGGCAAACAUGCGCAGUAUGGUGCAGUCGGUGGCGCUGUUCAUGAACGCCGUGUCUUCGGCCAUUGGAUUCGCCCUGGUCUCUCUUGCUGAGGAUCCCCUCCUGGUUUGGAAUUACACGACCGUUGCUAUACUGGCUGCUAUCGGCGGCUCACUCUUCUACAUCCAGUUCCGCAAGCUCGACCAGGAGGAAGACCAGCUCAAUAUGCUACCGAGAGGCAAGCUUAAUGCUGAAGAUGCAGGCGAUCAGGUGGCUUUGCGGUCAGAGACUGGCGGGGAUAAGGAGACAUCUUGA